AUGUCAACUGGUACCUCGACUGAAAUAUCGACAAAAGAUACCCUUUAUGGAAGUGUUAAGGCUAGUGAGCAAAGCAGUGAUGAGGAUAAUAUGCUAACACUGUUCAAUGCUUUUGACCAGAUUAUUUUACCGGGUUAUGUUAAAUCAGUUUCGAUCAGUUUCUAUUCUGCACCAUCAUCUACUGGCACAACUAGACUUUACGUCUAUGUUAUAUCUCCCACUUCAAGAACUAGUGGAUUCUGCAUUACUGCUAAAUAUACAGUUCCUCAUGGUACUAUCACUGAUCAAGUCGUUACUCCUCAAACAUUUUUGGUACCCGCUUAUUUGUUGAAUGUAACAACUGGUCAAUAUGUUGGAGUUGGAUUUGGACCAAAUUCUGGAAGCUCCUAUCUGGUCUAUCGACAUCUUUUCUACACUGGGUUGUAUUCAUUACCAGUCAGUACCACUGAUAUAGUUACAUUCAUGGACGAUAUUUAUGGUGGUUCAGCCUUUACUUUUAUCGUUACAUCAUUAGCUAACGCAACGCCAACAGGUAACCAUUUUCCUUCGAUAGUUCUGCCUUCAAUUCAAAAUCAUUUUUUAGUUAAUUCAUCUACUGGGAAUAUUACGACAUAUGGUGUUUCAUCCUACACAACAAGGGAUGACAAAGAUCAGGAUUACAUAGCGUUUAACUAUAUCGAUCGUUGUGAAGUAACUGGCUAUGUUCAAAAUGUUUCAUUUUAUUUUUGUAUUGCUCCAACUGGUCGAAACCAAUCAAAGAUUGUUCUCUAUUUGAUUGAUGAUAAUUAUCCGAUUGAUGGUUAUCCAUGGAUGUUCAACAUCACUUCACCAUAUCAAAUAUCCGUGAAUUUGAUAGAGAAUAAAACAGGUCUACAACAGUUUCAAAUAGCACCAUAUGCUCUGAAUAUUACUGCAGGACAAUGGUUAGCUGUUUCAUUCAGUGGAGACACCAGUGGUAGUACAUGUAGGAGUGAAAGAAAUGUUUAUGGGAUAACACUGGAAGAUUAUCAGGCAUCAGAAAAUCCAUAUAACAAUGAGAAUGAAUUAGCAGGUGGAAUGGCAUUUAGUUUUACAGUUGUUUCCAUAUUAGCAGGUAAGCACUUACAUAUAUAUCCCAAGCAAAAAAAUGCCUUUGAGAUUAUCUAGCUAUAAAAAUAUGUUAUCGGGCAAUAUCGGCUUGUGGUAGCUAGCUAUCCGUACCACUUUUAUUGAGUUAGCUAGCUAUAUCGAGUAUGAUAGCUAGCGACUAGAUAUCGUACCCGAUAUAUCGGGUUGACGA